CGAUGCAGUCCCGACCCCCGCGCGCCCGUCCCGUCCCCUGGGUGCCGAGCUGUGGCGUCCCCGCGCGCGAGGAAGAGGUCCAAGGGGCGGCGGGGCAAUCAGGAUGGCGGGGGCGGUGCUGCGCCUGAUGCUGUUGAUGCUGGCCGGGGAUUUGCUUUUAUGCAGCCCGUAUAUCCUUCUCAACCUUCUCCAGUAUAUAGAACGCCAAAUUGUGCUCAGUAUAGGCUGCCAGGAUGCCCCAGGGACCUUAACCCAGUCUGUGGAAGUGACAUGGCCACUUAUGCCAAUGAAUGUACUCUGUGCUUGAAAAUCUGGGAGGAUGGUCAUGAUAUUAAAAUCAUCCGCAAUGAACCGUGCUGACUGAGGCAGUUUCAGAAGACAGGGUGGAGAGACCAUCUUUUCCCAUACCCCACAAAUCUAUUCCCUGCAUUAACUCUUUUUUUUUUCUAUAUUUCUUUGUAUAAGAUUGUUAACCCACCUUUUCUGGGAGGAGGUAUGAAAGACAGACAGGUGUAGUGAUGGAUAAUUAAAACCAAUCCUGCUUUUUGGCUUCUGCCCUUUAGCUCAUUGCUUUAUUUACUUAGAAUAAAA